AUGAUUCCAUGUACAACAAGACUUCCUUUUUUAGAAGUCGAAUGGGGAUCUGCUCUGACUUUUUCGAAUAUUCCUUUUGAUGACUUUUUGUUCCUUUUUACGUGUAUUUCUUUGGAAAAAAAUGUAAUUUUCUUUUCUUAAAAUAUCACUCUUCUUACAACUUCAAUUUAGACUUUUGCCAGUAGCUUAAGACCCUUUUUAUACCCUCAUCCUAUUAUUUUUAGUCUUCCAGUAUAGCUUUAUGAUAUGAUAGAUUCCCCUGUACCUUGUAUUAUAGGGCCUUAAUAAAGUGGUGAAAUUAAUAAUAAGUAAGAAAUGGUUGAUUUAAGUGAAAUCUAAAAAUACAUUAAAUAUAAAAAAUAAUUCUGA